GACAUAUUACUUUGAAGCUAUUGCUCAUAAAUAGGAAAUAUAUGCCAUUGCAAGAAGAAUGAGAGAGAAAGCUUUCUGUUUAACUUUUUAACUGGGCGUGAAAAACUUGAAUGUAGUCCCACAUACUCCCGCCUUCCAAAAACACUGACUGUAAAAGUCAUUAUAUCCAGUGGGAAUGAAAAUGAACUGAAUUAUCAAGGUGACAGACAUUAUGUUCCUACAUGCCGAAACAUGCCCUGCUCUCUUUAAAAUUAUAUCAUGGAAAGUAGGAGAAAAUUGCUACUUAAUGUAUGUUGGCACACUUUUGGGUAAUAAUACGCUGCAUGGAGAUGCAGUUUAGUUGGUGCCAGUAGUAAGUAGCGUUGGGCAAUUUACUUGACAAAAUAAUAAUUAUCUACAGUUACUAGUUACUUCUACAAAUAAGUAAUUGAUUUCGUAAAUGAAUGACUCCUUCAGAGAUGGAAUUAGUUAACAGGGAAAGUGAUUAUCGCAUUACUUUUGGAAAAGCCUUCAAAAUAUGUAAAAUAAUUUGGAUUUAGCUUUGCAGUGGCUGUGCUAUUAAGAGAUGUUUCAUGAGAUUAGGCUGAGGGCUGAGCUCGUGACUUGCAAUUAUCUAUCAAAACUCUAGGGGGCAGUUUUUUCCCUGCACAACUUUUGCUAAAUAUUUAGCCUCCUGUGUAGUAGUAGUGAACAAUGGCGACUGAAGCGACAUCCAGAUCAUUGACACAGGUAUCAUUGCAUAAUACAGCACCACAUUUCACUGCCAGUAAUGGUAACGAUGCAACGUUACUGGCAGACAAUAAUGGCACAAGUACGCCAUUAUUUCCAACACUGGUGAAAAGUCAAGCUGAUGUCUGGUAUUGUCACCUCCGGCAUGAGACCAGUGUGAUGUGUCCUGGGCACCUGGCCAUCACCGGUCGCACUCCGUAGACCUGUGUUUGUUUUGGGAGCUCUGCUUGUACCUCUGACCAGCGGAUAAACCCCUGAGCUGUGUAUUUGGAAUGUCAGGAUCACUUGGUGGGACCUGUGAAAUGGAUUAGAUUCAAGACUUGUGCUUUGGAGGCUCUGCUCAGUGUCACAGCCCAGCAUAAACACCUGUUGAUUUGCACUGAAUGGGCGACACCACCCUCCACCUUAAAAACAAACUCCAUCUGGAGAAUCAGAGCGCUGUUUAUAGUGGACUUCUGUUCCUGGUGUCUGGAACAAUCAAUGGAGCGCACUUUACACAGGAAAUACCAGCACGGAUGAACAAGAGAAUUGGAUGAAAACUCUGGGAUAACUCUGCUGCUUUAUACUACAAGAGGAGUGAGUUAAUAGAAGUGAGAGAGUUAUAAAAGAGGAUCAAAAAUAUUAGGAAACUGGCAGCAUGAAAAUGGAAAUGAGGUAUUGGAGUUGGCAAUGGAUAGUAGAAGCUAACUGCCUGAGAAUUUCCCCCCUUUAGGAAUGUGUCAGAAUUAGGCUGGAGUUCCCAUGGCUUUGGUGUGAGGUAUGUAUGAGGAAUGGUGCUCAUUCCAAUUUGGCCGUUUACUUUGUGCUCCCCUUUGCAUGUGUGCGUAAAGGCUGCGCUCAAACAAAUGACAGCAUCCGACGUACGCAAUCAAGCCUGACGUUAUUCAUAGCCUACACACAUUCUGAGUGGAAGUCCGCUUUUAUUUGUUAAAUGGUUAGAACUUCUGGCUGGCAAUGUGUUUGUGUUAUAGAUAUUAUAAAACAAUAUUUUUUUGUUUUACAUUUUGGAAACUGUUCGUAGAAUUUUGCAGCAAUGCAACGUUUUGCAUUGUUUAAUAGGAUCGUGCUAACGUCUUACAUUACGUAGAUUAGGUCACUCUAACAAACUAUACAGUAUUUUAUGACAAAAUGCAUAUAUCACAUUUCUGAAAGAUAGAAAAUUAACAAGUAAAACGUAUAUUUCACUCAAAAUCCGACAGGUUAUGAUUAAUGGAAUUGACUGUGGAUUGCGAUAGAGGACGACUAACAGGCCAUAAUAAACACAGUAGGUGUCAUCAUUUUAGAAGUUUGGCCGUCUAAAGUGAUGACUGAUGAAAAGUGAUGAUGGGUUAGUAACACACUGACUCUGCGAAAUAAGAGCAUGAUGAACUUACUGUUUUCUGGAGGACCAUUGAUCAUGUUGAACUUGUAAAUCUCUUUGGCAUAGUAUUCAGUCUCUGUGUUAUCCUGCCCACAGCUUUGCUGCCUGUCUCUUCCCAGCUCCUCAAUUAGCUCCUUGGUGCUGUUAUAAAGGGCCAGAACCUGAAACGGUACCUGACUCGGACCUGUUGUCUGAGGCGGACUCGUCAGUCGAAGUUUACUGAGAAUCUGUCCCCGGACCGCCUCUACUCUCUUCUUCUUGAUGUGGUCAAUGUCCACAGUGGUGCAAGUGGAUAGUGACAAAAUCAUUGUCACACAGUUGGACAGGAGGAAAAACAAAAGUGCUUUACCCAGAUUCAUAGUUCACUCUGCUCACAACCGCCAGGUAUAAGAAUGAAACGACCAAAGUGAAUUCCGGCGUGAUUAGAAUCCCUUUCCUCUUUUCAUUCAGGUUGUGAGUGAGUUCUGUUCCUGGUGGAAUCCCAUUUUUUCAAGUGCUAUGUCAUCUUUGCAAAAUGCCCGUUUGCGAGAGUGCAAAUCCGUGCCAUGGCGCAAUAUAACCUCAACCCUGCAUCAAAACUCUUGAUCCUACUCUUCAUUCCACCUGGACUCAUACAGGCAUCGCAUCCCUCACUUGCCACACUCUGCACGAUGGAUCAGUCUCUCCAUUGACUGAGUCACUGCCCUUCUACUGGCGUGGAGUCUAACUCAGCCUGCAGCCCAGCCUCCAACACUGCAUGAGGCACCCCUCUCUCGCUCAACCUUUAUAGUCUCCAAUCGUGACGUUUGUGAGGGAGGGCCAGCUAUGUGGAGAGCCAGCUCGGACAGUGACGUCUGUCUUGGACGCAAAUCAGAAUUGUAAUCUCUGAAAAAAAUGCUGGGUACUUUGGUAUUUAACAGGAAGAAAACUAUUGCCAAUUUUGAAUAACAGGUAUCAUUAAACACCGACCAGAUGUACUUCAAUACAUAUGCAUCGCGUUUUGGACGGAUCCUAGUAGUACCAGCAAAAUAACAAUGGUUAAAGUUAUUUUGAGACGCUGCUCAAGCCAGUGACGAUGGACGCUCAAAACGUGCACAACACUGACAUCUAGUGGACAAUAGUGCUUACCACAUGUGAUACUGACAAGAAGUGUACUUCUGAUGUUAUGCAGAAAGCACUGUGUUUUUUACUAGCUAAAUAAUAAGGAAGACACGUUGGGUUGAAGUAAUCAAUAUAAAUAUAAUUUUAAUUGUGUACUGUAUUGUAUCACCGCGUCUCAGGAUUUACGGGCCAUCGUUACCAUGGCGACCAUUGCCCAGCUUGGUGACGCUUGUUGAUGGCUAGCUAGCCGCAGUAACCACGACAAACAUGGACGACGGCGUUCAACUGGGAGAACCUGGGCCAGUUAAAAAUGUUGCAAAAUCUGGUCGAAGGGCUCGGCUUGCUGCAGACCAGACACCACAAGCAGAUGCUCGGAAUUCCAAGAAGUCCUCUGCAUCUACCUCAGCUGGAGAAGGCCCCCCGCCUAAGCCUCCCAGGCGGCAGGGUGGCUGGGCAGAAGAAAGCUCCGGAUCCGGUUCUGGCAAAUCUUCAAGAAGAGCUGCUGCUGACGACCUGGAAGACCGCCGGCUGCGACCACAAACUCCCCAAGCAUCCGAUGAUGAUGGAGAUGUUCCAGUCAUUCCAGACCUGGAUGAAGUGCAGGAAGAAGAUCUCAACAUGCAAGUAGCAGCUCCCCCAAGUGUUCAAGUCAACCGGGUAAUGACCUACAGAGACCUGGACAAUGAUCUGAAAUAUUACUCUGCAUUCCAGACACUAGAUGGAGAAAUCGACUUGAAGCUCCUCACCAAGGUUUUAGCACCAGAGCAGGAGGUGAAAGAGAUGUGCUCUGGGACUGGGAUCAUCUGUUUACAGAGGUGUCCUCAGAGCUGCUUAUGGAAUGGGAUCAAGGAGAGAGUGAAGAACAAGCUUCAUAACCUGCAACAUGAGCAAAAUGUCUGGUUUGAAUGGCUCCAGUGGGAGCUGGAAUUAUCAACUUGAAUUAUAGUGUGAUAUCGAGAAUUUAUAUUUCCUAACUUGUAUAUAGUACUUUCUGUACAUUUGUUUUAUAAUUUCUACAUAAAGCUCACUGCUGCCUUAUGUGACACUGA